AGAGUCGGGCCAGGGCGUGUUCCUUGUUUGGGUGCCCCUGCAGCUCCGGCGGAGCGCAUCUCUCACCGCCACCGCGCGCCCGGCGCGAACCUGCCGUUUCCACGCCCAUCCCGUUAGGUGCUGCUCUCCGCGGUCAUGUCCAAGUCUCUGAAAAAGUUGGUGGAGGAGAGUCGGGAGAAGAACCAGCCGGAAGUGGACAUGAGCGACCGCGGCAUUUCCAACAUGCUGGAUGUCAAUGGCCUGUUCUCCUUGUCCCACAUCACACAACUGGUCCUCAGCCACAACAAGCUGACAACUGUGCCACCAAACAUAGCAGAACUGAAGAAUUUGGAAGUGCUCAACUUUUUUAAUAACCAGAUUGAGGAGCUGCCCACACAGAUCAGCAGCCUUCAGAAACUGAAGCACCUGAACCUCGGCAUGAAUAGACUAAACACUCUGCCUCGAGGAUUUGGCUCUCUCCCAGCUCUUGAGGUUCUUGAUUUGACUUACAACAACUUGAAUGAAAAUUCCCUUCCUGGAAACUUCUUCUACCUGACCACCCUGCGUGCACUCUAUCUAAGUGACAACGAUUUUGAAAUCCUGCCGCCAGAUAUCGGGAAGCUCACAAAGUUGCAGAUACUCAGCCUUAGGGAUAACGACCUGAUCUCGCUGCCUAAGGAAAUCGGGGAGCUUACUCAGCUUAAGGAGCUCCACAUUCAGGGGAACCGCCUGACCGUUCUGCCCCCAGAACUAGGAAACUUGGAUCUGACUGGUCAGAAGCAAGUAUUCAAAGCAGAGAACAAUCCCUGGGUUACCCCGAUUGCUGACCAGUUCCAGCUUGGCGUGUCCCACGUUUUUGAAUACAUCCGUUCAGAGACGUAUAAAUAUCUCUACGGCAGACACAUGCAGGCAAAUCCAGAACCGCCGAAGAAAAAUAAUGACAAAUCGAAAAAGAUCAGCCGGAAACCCCUGACAGCCAAGAAUAAAUAAGGGGUUGGCCUGGGCUGGACUUCUGGUCACUUUUCUCAUGAUUACUUCUGUUCUGUCUUGCUCUGUCCCACAAAUAAAUUCAGUUAACCCUCGAACAGCAUGGGUUUGAAAGAGCAGGUCCACUUAUACACGGAAUUGCUACAAUGAAUACUGUAAAUGCAUUUUAUCUUAUGAUUUUCUUAAUGAGAUUUUUUCCCUCUAACUUUAUGGUGAGAAUACAAUAUAUAAUACAUACAGCAUACAGAAUAUGUGUUAAUAGACUGUUUAUGUUACUGGUAAGGCUUUCUGGUCAACAGUAGGCUGUUAGGAUUAAAAUUUGGGGGAGUCAAAAGUUACAUGUGGAUUUUCAACUGCAUGAGGGGGUUGGCACUUUAACCCCUGUGUUCAAGGGUCACCUGUACUGUGUGUGUGUUUCUUUUCACUUUUCUUUCUAGUGCUUACCACCUUACCUUUUAAUUUCUUUUGGUAGGUAGCAGAGUUUUAUAAAUUCUUAAAACCGUUUCCAUUUGUUUUCUUAAAAUUAUCAAAGACAGGAAAUAAAACUCUAAUUCAGCUGCAAAUUCCACAGUAGGCACAGGUUUCGGGUCCUUGAAUAGAUGUUCACAAAGCUGCUUAUUAUCCAAAGAAUAAUUAAAUCAUGUAAUCAUUUCAGUGUCACAGUUAAUGCUGUUCACUCUUCUGUUUAUUCACCUAACUCAUUCUUUGGCUUUAUUAAAAAUGUUUCUUCACUGCUGAGAUAUUAUGUUAACUUA